CCGAUGUUAUGAUAAAAAUUUGUUAAAUUUCGUUUUUCGGUUGUUUCUGUGUGUUUUUUUUCGUAAAUUAUGUUUGUUGGUAAUUGUUUUACAAACUAUAAAUUUAACCGAAAAAUUCUGCAAUUAUCAUCUUCAUUAAUAAAACAGUGUAAUCAUUUUAGUAUGGAUUCGAAUAAUAAUAAAACAAAAAUUGCUGUCAUACAAUUAACAUCGAAACAGAAUAAAGAUGAAAAUUUUCAAAUUGCAGAAAAAUUAAUUAAAUCGGCCCGAGAUGAUGGUGCACGUAUGGCUUUUCUACCCGAAUGUUUUGAUAUGAUAUGUCCGAGUAAAAAAUUAACAAUGGAAAAUGGUGAACCAAUCAAUGGACCAACAGUUCAACGAUAUCAAAAUUUAGCAAAAAAUUUAAAUAUUUGGUUAUCGUUAGGUGGUUUACAUGAAAAAGUUGUUCCCGAAUCGAAUGAUGAUAAACGUUUGUUCAAUGCACAUAUUAUUGUCGAUCAAGAUGGUCAAAUUGUUUCGAUUUAUCGUAAAGUUCAUCUAUUUAAUCUGGAUAUUCCAGGCACUAGGCUUGUUGAAUCAGAAUUUUCUCGACCUGGAAAUGCAGUUAUCAAACCACCACAAACACCUUGUGGUCGACUU